AUGGCUAUUACUAUCACUACCCCCGAAGACAAAGAUCAACCACGCCGAGUCCUCCUCGUCAGUAUACCUCGCACCGCCUCGAAUCUUUUCCUGAAGAUUCUCAACAUCCCCAACCAACCAAACGUCCUCACCAACCAAAAGGGAGGCUACUUCUUCCACGAUGCCUUCACGAUAGCCAGCAGGGACGGUCGCGUGGAGAAGCCACUAGACCAAUGGACAACAGAUGCGAAGAGCGAGACCAAAGCCGCCAUCCAACAGUGCUUCAACGAACUAGAAGACUACUCGACCCGAGCCCGCACCGAGAGCAAGAUAAUGUUCGCCAAAGAACACGCCUUCUGGUUCCUCAACCCGGGCUUCUUCACCAGUGCUAUGAGCGGCGCCCCAAAGCCCUCACUCGAGCAACUGAAAGAGUUCCGUAUAUCGAUGCCAGAACAAUAUGGACCCUCGCAGACAUUCUCUCCCAAUAAUAAAACCGUCAUGCCAGAUGAGUACCUGCGCACCUGGCAGCUGGCCUUCAUCAUCCGUCACCCGGCACUAGCUUAUCCAUCGCUGUACCGCGCUAUGCAGAAGUUAUCCAAAGUCGGUUACAUUGAUGACGACGGAAUCAAGGGUUUGUCGCUCACGAACAUGAGCCUGGAAUGGACGCGGAAAUUGUUCGACUGGUGUCUUGAGCAGCCGGAUGAGUCUGUCAUACCUUUGGUCAUCGAUGCCAAUGAUGUGAUCCAUAACCCCGGUGCUGUGGCUAAGUUCUGUGAAAAGGCUGGGCUGGACACUGCGUCCUUGCAAUUUGAGUGGAGUGGUUCUGAGAAGAAGUCUGAGAGCUGGGCAACUGAGAGUGCAAACAUUGGUAAUACUGAGGAGCUGGCUCUGCAUAAGAAUGUUGCUUCUAUCAUGCUGUCGACUUUGGAGGAGUCGACUAGUGUUGUUAAGGACAAGGCUCCGGCGUCAGUUGAUGUUGACACGGAGGUUGCUAAGUGGCAUGUCGAGUUUGGGGACGAGAUUGCUGAGCUGCUUGAAAAGGCUACCCGAGAUUCUAUGCCGGAUUAUGAGUAUUUGAAGGCUCACAGGGUCACUGUCUAA